ACCUUUGACACUCUUCUCAACAUCUUUCUCUCUCUCUUACACAAACAAACAAAUAGACAGGAACACUCUUUCUCUUUUAUUUUUAUCCUAAUCUCCCCUUAGAGGAUUUCUUCCUGCUCUGAGGAUCUCAUUUUCUUUUAGCUCUCAGUUUUCAUGGAGCUUUUUGGUUUGUUUCCCUUCUUAUGAGCUAACUUUAUCUUUCUUGGUAUAGACAAAAGAUCUCAUCUUUUUGCUCUUGACUUGGGAAAGAUUCUAUUUUUACUCAGCUCUCUUCCUGUGAAGUGAUUUGGAAAGAUUCAGUAAUUUGAGGAAAGAACUUAAUGGUGUUUGGUUUUAUUACAUGGUGUAGAUGUCUUGGAUUUGAUCUGAUUAGCUUGAAAGGUGCACUCUUUUUUCAUGUCUUAUCAGUUUAGAUUCACUAAGACUUGAUAUAUGAUUCUCUUGGCUCUCUAGUUAUAUUUUGGUGUUAGUUUAGUUUCUUCUAUCAUCUUAAGCUUGUGUGGAAGGAAGAAAAAAAAAUGGAGGAAGUUGAAAUUGCUAGCAAAUUAGCUAUAGAAAGCUGUCAUGGAGUCUUGAAUCUCUUGUCACAACAACAAACAAGUUGUGAUUUUAAAUCUCUCAUGGUUGAAACAAGUGAAGCAGUUUCCAAGUUCAAGAGAGUAUCCUCUCUUUUCACCAGAGGACCACCAGGUCAUGCAAAGUUCAGAAGACUCAACAAGAAGUUUAUCCCAUCUUUUCCUCAGCAUAUCUUCUUGGAAAGUCCUAUCUCCUGUGGUAACGAUGGCACUAGUGAUUACAAUCAAGUUCUUGCACCAGAGCCUCUUCAGAUGGUUCCAGCUCCAUCGAUACUUAGCCACAGAAUGUGUGUUGAGAAGUCGUUCCUGGAGCUAAAGCCGCCGCCGCCUUUUCGAGGUCCUUAUCAGUUAAUCCACAACCACCAGCAGAUAGCUUACUCUAGGAGCAGCAGCGGUGUGAACCUGACGUUUGAUGGAGCUGGUAGUAGUAGCUGCUAUACUCCGAGUGUGUCCAACGGGUCAAGAUCGUUUGUAUCAUCUCUUAGUAUGGAUACUAGUGCAGUGGAAUACGAUAGGAGCUCGUUUCAUUUAAGUGGAUUGUCACGUGGGUCUGACCAGAUGUCCAAGAAGAUGUGUUCUGGUGGUUUGAAGUGUGGAAGUAGAAGCAAAUGUCAUUGCUCCAAGAAGAGGAAACUUAGGGUGAAACGAUCAAUCAAGGUGCCUGCAAUAAGCAACAAGAUUGCAGAUAUACCUCCAGAUGAGUAUUCAUGGAGGAAGUAUGGGCAGAAACCUAUCAAAGGCUCACCACAUCCACGGGGAUACUACAAGUGCAGCAGUGUGAGAGGCUGUCCAGCAAGGAAGCAUGUGGAGCGAUGUGUAGAUGAAACUUCCAUGUUGAUUGUGACUUACGAAGGCGAGCAUAACCAUUCAAGACUGUUGUCUUCACAAUCAGCUCACACCUGAUGAAAUAGAGUCAGUCACUGUCUGUGCUUUUUGCGUCUACUCUUGGAUUUGAAGAACAAUGAAUUAGAUUCAAGAAACUGGUCUUUGUAGCUGUGUUUGCAAUUGUAUAUUCUACUUGACAUGAGUUAUAAGAGCAUUUUGUGAACUCA